UUCAGUCACCGCCGCGAAGCCGUUCUCGACAGUUCGUCCGUAUCCGAUUAAUGUGAAAGUGUCCGCGGACGUUAAAGUGUUUUACGGUUUCUACUACUAUAUCAUAUACGACAACAAAUAAAUAGUAUUAUAAUUUUUGUUUUGUUUAUUAUUUGCAGUGCGUUAAAAAUAAAUUAAAAAAAAAAAACAGUUACGAUGUCGACCCGACUGGUGGAAUCGCGCGGUUGUCGGGUACUCUGACGAACACAUGAAGUUCUCGCGAUCAGUGCACUUAAAAAAAUAUUGUCGCGCGUGAAAUCCGUUUGACGACCCGCGAUCGCCGCGAAAAUGUUUUUCAAAAUGAAAUUGUUGUUGGUGGCCGUGUUGUGCGCCGCGGCGGCCGCCAAGUCGGACAGUGCGGAACAGUGUACGAGGUCGCCGUAUAACAACGACACUGCCAAAACGUCGGUACAGUGCCGCGUCCGGACGUUGGCCGCGGACAGCCCGAAUCUGUCGGCGGCCGUGCAGUCCGAAGGCGCCGUCGUUCGGCUGACGGUCGACUGUAGCGAUAAGCUGUUCUUCGAGAGCACGCUGGGGCCGCGGGCGUUCCGCUCGUUGUACCAACUCGAGGAACUGGCGCUGGUCAAGUGUAAACUGUUGGAAAUACCUACUGACGCGUUCGACGGGCUCGGUGGCCUUAAGAAGCUGACGGUGAAUACCGGUAAUCUGGAAUGGGGUGCCACCAAAAAUCUGGUGGUUGCUCAGGGCGGCCUGGACCGGCUCGGAGAACUCCAGUCUCUAGACCUGUCCGAGUCUAACGUCCAUCAAGUGCCCGCCGACGCGUUUUGCUCGUUGAAAAAUAUUCAAAACUUGAACGUGUCGCACAACAGCAUCGACGACUUGACCGCCCUCGGUUUCUCUGGACCAGACUGUCCUGGCGGUGCCGACCUGAAAGUGUUGGACUUGUCGUGGAACAACCUGCAGACACUACCGGCCCGCACCGCGAUAUCCGCCAUGAAUCGGCUUCAGACGUUAUGUUUGCAGCACAACAGCAUUAACGACGUGGCCGCCGACAGCCUGUCCACGCUCUCUUCGCUGAAAGUGUUCAACGCGUCUUAUAACAAGUUGGAAGCGUUACCGGAAAAUCUGUUUGCCAAAAACCGCGAUCUGCGUGAAGUGUACCUGCAGAACAACGGGCUGUACGAGCUACCUCGCGGUCUGUUCCACCGGCUGGAACAAAUGGUCAUCAUCAACUUGAGCAACAACAAGAUCAACCAGAUCGACGACGGUCCGUUCGUGGGUCUCAUCCGCCUGGUCGUCUUGGACUUGUCUCGCAACGGGUUGACCCGGAUAAAAUCUAACUACUUUAAGGACCUCGUAUUUUUGCAAAUUUUGGACUUGAGCAACAACAGUAUUAGUAGUAUCGAGGAAAAUGCGUUUUUACCGCUGUACAACCUACACACUCUCAACUUGGCCGAAAACCGUUUGCACACGAUCGGCUCGCGGUUGUUCAACGGCCUGUACGUGCUGUCCAAGUUGACCAUCAACAACAACUUGUUGGUGUCCAUCGACGAACAGGCGUUCAAAAACUGUUCCGCUCUCAAAGAACUAGAUCUCAGUUCGAACGCCAUUCAACAGGUGCCGUCGGCGCUCAACGAGCUGUCAUUCUUGAAAACGUUGGACUUGGGUGAAAAUCAAAUCAGCGUGUUUAACAACAAUUCGUUUAAAAAUAUGGAAUUGUUAACCGGGCUCCGGCUCGUCGACAACAAUAUCGGCAAUCUUACCAUAGGUAUGUUCUCUAACCUGCCCAAUUUGCAAGUGCUCAACCUUUCGAAAAAUAAAAUCUACACCAUCGAGCGCGGCACUUUCACCCAAAACUCGCAAAUUCAAGCCAUCCGGCUUGACGCCAAUUACCUAACGGACGUCAACGGCGUGUUCGAGUCGCUGUCGAGUUUGCAAUGGAUAAACUUGUCAAAAAACAAUCUGAUAUGGUUCGACUACGCCAUGGUGCCGGCUAACCUCAAGUGGCUGGACCUGCACGACAAUUACGUGCAGGAACUUGGCGAUUAUUAUAAUCUCAAAGACCGUCUCAACAUUAACACAAUUGACGCCAGCCACAAUCAUAUAACCGAAAUUUCCGACCGUUCCAUACCGAAUAGCGUCGAAGUGUUGUUCCUCAAUAAUAAUUUCCUUACCAACAUCAGGCCCAACACAUUUUUGAAAAAGAGAAACUUAGUGCGCGUGGACUUGUACGCCAACGAGCUGACCCGGCUAGACGUGAACGCUCUCCGUUUGGGCGUCGUACCCAUCAACCGGUCGCUGCCCGAGUUCUACAUAGGCGGCAACCCGUUCGAGUGCGACUGCUCCAUGGAUUGGCUGCCCACCGUCAACAACAUGACGCAGCUCCGGCAGCACCCCAAAGUCAUGGACUUGGACAACGUGGUAUGCAAAACAACCGACAGCCGCGGCUCCGAAAUCGUACCCAUUCUGUCGGCCGGCCCGUCGCAAUUUUUGUGCAAGUACGAAACCCAUUGCUUUACCGUGUGCAAGUGCUGCGAGUUCGACGCGUGCGACUGUGAAAUGACGUGCCCGACUAAUUGCACGUGUUAUCACGAUCAGACGUGGAGGACUAACAUCGUAGACUGUUCGUACCAGCUGAACAACCAGGUGCCGCCGAAAAUCCCGAUGGACGCUACGCACGUGUACUUGGACGGUAACAAUUUCAGUCAGCUGCAGGGGCACAUAUUUAUCGGCCGGAAAAAUAUGGUGCACCUGUACCUGAACCACUCGAAAAUCGAAUCGCUCCAGAAUCACACGUUCAACCGUUUGAGCUCGCUCCAGGUGCUGCACUUGGAGGACAACUUGUUGACCGAGCUCAAGGGCUACGAGUUCGAGCAGCUUUACCAGCUCAGGCAAUUGCACUUGCAAAACAACCGUCUGGUGCACGUCAACAACAUGACGUUCGCGCCGCUCCGAAACCUCGAGGUGCUCCGUUUGCACGGUAACCGACUGACCAGUUUCCCCGUGUGGCAACUAUCCGUCAACCCGUACUUGGUGCAGCUGUCGAUCGGCAAAAACCCGUGGUCCUGUCGCUGUAAAUUCUUACAGCCGUUCCGCAAUUGGAUCUACGAAAACGGACCGAAAAUCGCCGACGUGUCCGAUGUGACUUGCGUGCCGGACGAGUCGGACCCCGGACAGAGGCGCGAAAUCGACUUCAACGACACGGCCUGCAGUGAUUUUUACACCGGCGGCUGGGCCCUGCGCAACAUGGUGGCCAACAGCUACGUACCGCUGUUGACGUUCCUGUUGAUCGUGUUCGUCGUGGCUCUCGUACUGUUCGCCGUCCGCGAUAACAUCAAAGUAUGGCUGUACACCAAGUACGGCAUCCGGGUGUUCAGCUGCAAGCAUUCGGGCAAUAAGCAUUUCUACGAGGACCGCGAAAAACUGUACGACGGCUACGUGUUGUACAGCCCCAAAGACGAGGAAUUUGUCCUGCAGUCCGUGGUGGCCGAGCUCGAGCACGGGAACCCGUCGUACCAGCUUUGCCUGCACUACCGGGACUUGCCGAUCACGUCCAUGUACCACGCGGGAUCGUCGCCUGUGGUGAUCGAGGCGGCCGAAGCCAGCCGUCGCGUCAUCGUGGUGCUGUCCCGUAACUUCAUACAGACCGAAUGGUCCAGGUACGAGUUCCGGUCGGCCCUACACGAGGCGCUCAAGGGCAAAGUUUACAAGCUGGUGCUGAUCGAGGAGAACAGCAUCUCGGCCGAGGCGGACGCCGACCCGGAGAUCAGACCGUACUUAAAGGUGGCGUCUAAAGUCCGGUGGGGCGAAAAACGAUUUUGGGAGCGGCUCCGGUACCUGAUGCCCAGCAACAACCACAACAGCAACCACCAUCAUCAUAAAGUUUGCAAUUAUCGUAACAAUAUAAACAACUACACCAUCGACACCAGGACCCCGGUGGUGCCUGCGCCCAGGCGACAGCCUUCGCCGCAGGACAAACCGUCUCACCACCGGCACCACGUUCAUCACCACAGCCCCAACUCGUUACCCCGGCCGCAACACCGGCACGAGGACUCCAACUAUUCGACCGCCACCACGGCCACCCCGUCGCCCAAGUUGGGUGGCGACGACCGGCCGGCGUCCACCGAACAUAUUUACUCAGCCAUCGACACGCCGCCGCCAUCAGUGCACCAAUCGCCAAGCCGGAUACCGUUCGAACGCACCAACAGCCGGAGGUCGGCCAAACACCAUCAACAGCACCAGCAAAACACUGUACAGGCUUAUCUCGUAUAAAACAAUUUUUUUUUUAGUUUUGUUGAGACAAACGACAGGUCAGUUUCUUUUGAAAUAUUGUCUAGGACCUUUUUUUGUUUAUACGAAAAAAAAAUAUUGAAUAAUGCAUGUACGUGUGUGCUCAUCAAUAUGUGAUAAUGUUGUAUUAAGCACGACUUUGUAUGAUAAUCUAAAUUAAUCGAGUUCCUAAGUGUGUGUGUCUGGCGGAACGCACACUGCGGUUAAUUCCCUUUAUAACUUUCUUGUAAACUUUUUUGUUUAACUAUCCGGACGGACUGUGGUCCCGUUUACGUGUAAAUGUGAUUGCAGGCAGUUUAAUUUAGUAUAUUAUUAUGGAAAUGUUAAAAUAUAAAAAAAACGGUUCGUACUAACUAUUUUAAGAAUUUAACGCCAUUUUUCUAGUCAGCUCAAAAAGACAAAAAAAAUGUUUUAAAUGUUUUUGAGCAAUCAAAUUUUGUGUUAUAUUCUAAAAUAAUAAUAAUAAUAAUAAUAAUAAUGUAUUAUGUUUUGCCUUGGUUUAAGGCCUAGACUGAUUUAGUCUUCGUAUCACUGUUGUUUUGCCCCAAAACGGCUUUUUUUAUAAUUUAUAAAAGAAAUGACACACUUCGAGCUAUUAUUUCAUCUUUUUUUCCUCCGUGCGCAGGGCAAUAAUAAUAAAAUAUUACUUUAAAUUUAUGACACGUGAUGUGGGAUAAUUAAAAACCUCAGUGGGUGUUUGUGUUUUUUUUUUACCUCAUCGCGUACACCGUAAUAAUAAUAAUACCGGUUCUAGGCUUCUCGUCAGACAAUAUAUUAUUUUAUUAUAUUAUAUCCUUCUCCCUGUUGUUGCACUCUCCUAGAGCGUUUAUUUUUCGUUUUGUUAUUAUUCGUAUGUGUCCGAACGCGCUUUCCUACGGCACAAGACAUAGCAAGUGAAAAAGAGAGAGGAAGGAGGGAUAAAAAAAAAAUAUAUAUAUAAUAUAAUAAAAUAUAUAUCUUGGUUCUUUUAUUCGGUACACGGAUUACCACUUAGCGUAUACACACAUAAAUAUACUGUUGCCGCGUCCGCGUUAUCUGAAAUUGAUUCGGCUUUUUAUUUGAGAAAGACAAUGUAAUAAUAUUUUUUGUUUGGUCUUAAAAAAAAAUAGCUAACUUAUCUACGAAGAUAAAAAUAACAAGAACGACAAAAGAAAAAAAAUUGUAAAACAACUUUUUAAAACCAUUAUAACAAAUGCACAUCACUAGAGGUUUUUUAAUUAAUUAUUUCGAGUCGAGUGUGUUAACAGGGUAAAGCCGAUUGGACCGCCUGGUUUUGAUGUUAAACAAAAUUGAUAUAGUAUGACAUUUAAUUAGGGAGGGAGGGGGGAAUUAAAAAAUGAAAAUAAUGUCUCACCACCAUACUUGAACGAAGACUGUACGAUAUUUUAUAUUAUUAACCACGAUAUGUUUUUUUAUUAUUACUAUUAUUAUUAUUUUUUUUUUUUAUUCGAUAUGUUUGUUAACUUCGAUUCUAUUUUAUUAUUAUUUUAUUACUAAGGUCAUAUUAUUAUUAUUGUGUAUUAUAUUUGUGUACAUCCCAUAUUUAUAUGUAUAUAAAAAAAAA